AUGGAUCCUAUCAUCCCCCAACAAGACUCCCUGAUAGACAUGGACGAUUGGUACAACUUUACCUUGCCCACCGGCGAUAUGGCCGAGCCGGUUGGAUGCUUGUCUCAUUCUCUUGCUCCCCACUGCCAGUCCAACCCGGCCGAUUUCACCCAAUCACCGCACUAUUUCGCCAUUCACGGGGCUCAAUGUCCCUGGAACACCAUUGACACAAGCCUCUUUUAUCAGAGCACCCCCACAGAUUCCAUGCCCACCGCGACCACACCUUUUCCUCGAUAUGUGCCGGGGCCAAUGCAAUCCUACAGUCCGGACAGUCUCCUCGAAGCAUAUGCCCGCGAGGACGAAGCCCAAAACAGCGAUUCCAGCAAAGACUAUUACCAGCUGCCCGAUCUGGAGCCGUCCCUUUGUGACUCAUCGGCCAGUUCCGAAGUCGAAGAUUGUGUCACGGCUACGACGAUGCUGUCGCAGAGGACGCUAGAUCCGACCCUCAGGCGAGGACGGAGCCGCGAGAAGUGCGCGACCAACAAGCCCAGAAAAGUUGCGUCCAAGACGGCCGCAUCCCUCGAUCCGACGCGCCCACAUAGGGUCUCCAAGACCAGGAGGGCGAACUCCAGAGACAGCGAGGACCUCGAUCGGGCGCUUGCAAAGCAGACACACACCGAGAUCGAGCGCAGAUACAGGAACAAUCUGAACGCAAAGAUGUGGCAGCUGCAGCGCACCUUGGAGGGGACGAGCCGGAUGAGCAGCAGCAGCAGCAGCAGCAGCGACGACAGCGAUUCACCACAGCAGUCGGAGCAACAGCAGCAGCAACCGCCGCGAAAAUCCGACAUUUUGAGCAAUGCAUUGCAGUACAUUAACGAGUCAGAACUGGAAAUGCGGCAUAUGACGGACGAGAUCUUUCGAUUGAAGAGCAGACUAGCGGUCCUGCAACAGAUGGUCCAAUGCGAGGAGAAUUGUGCUCCUCUGAAACAGAUAGUGGGAAUGAAAAUGGCUUCAUGA